ACUGAGGUUUUAGUGCCUCGGAAUCGGUGCGAGUUUGCUUUCGUUUCUGUGGUGCUGUCUCUAAUCUCUAUUAGUUGGCGAUCCGAUGCCGGUCGAAGCGGGGGCGCGACUGCUCAAUGCCUUCCGGCUUCCCGUCACCGCUGCUUAUAAAUAACCAUUGAACCACUCCCUUGCUUGCCUUGCCUUGCCUUGCCUUGCCUUCAAAGGUUUCUCGAGACCCACUUCCUACUUUUUCUCUUGGAGUUCUGGAGAUCCUUUUUCCUUUUCCUUCUUUCUGCUUUCCUGGCUGCCGGUGAGGAGGGCUGUGUGCCGAAAGGACAAGGAAGGUUUUUGUUUGUCUGUUUGAGCAAUUUGAUUCAAGAUGAUGGGAUCUUUUCUAACGCGGGCUCUUGUAAUGGCUCUGGGGUAUGCUUACCCUGCUUAUGAAUGCUACAAAACUGUGGAAUUGAACAAGCCAGAGAUUGAGCAGCUUCGGUUUUGGUGUCAGUAUUGGAUUUUAGUUGCUGUGCUGACAGUCUUUGAGAGGGUAGGAGAUGCUUUCGUUUCAUGGUUACCAAUGUAUAGUGAAGCUAAAUUGGCAUUCUUUGUAUAUCUGUGGUAUCCUAAAACUAAGGGAACCAUGUAUGUUUACAACACCUUCUUUCGACCAUAUGUUGCGAAGCAUGAGAGCGAAAUUGACCGUAAUUUGCUUGAGUUAAGAACUAGGGCUGGUGACAUUGUUGUGCUCUAUUGGCAAAAGGCUGCAAGCUAUGGGCAGACAAGAUUUUUUGAUAUCUUACAGUAUGUUGCUGCACAAUCACAGUCGCCACCAGCACGACCUCGUCCUGUUCAGCGGCAGCCACCACUGCAGACUCACCUGGCACAACCGCCUGCUCAACAACAGGCAGCUACAGCGAGUCGCCAGGCAGCACCUGCUGUACAACAGGCAGCUGCAACAAAUCGGCAGGCACCUUCUACAGGAAUGCCAAAUCAACAACAGGCAGUACCUCAAGCAACCCAACAGCCAAUGCGAGGAGUGCCUGCUAGCCCAGCAAAGGGCAAGCAGCAGCAAGAUGGUGCUAGAGUUGGCGGUCCUCAACAAACUUCUUCCUCUUCUGUAACCAGCCCCCUAAGUUCAGAGAAUGCUGACAGUCUUGCGCAAAAUGAAGUAGGAGCUAAGCAAGUGGAGGAUGUAAAAGGGACAGCUAGUGAGGGCACAAGCCCGCCCCCACAGGAGAUGCUGAUUGAAGAGGCAAUCCGUGUGACCCGAGGCAGGUUAAGGAAAAGAGCUGCCACCGCUGGACCUGCAGGUCGUUAGAGGUAUUUGUGGCCCUUUUAUUUCUUCUUUCCUUGUUUGUUUACACUUGUUUAGUGGAUAUUGAAGCAGAAGUUGAUGUGAUUUUACGAUCAUUGGUUUGAUAUCUUCUAGUACUAGUACCCAGUGUUUCAGGUUCAUCUGUGUAUGUAAAUGACUGUUGUUGAAGAGGGAUUGAAUAAAUGUUAGCUGCUAAAUGAUGAAUGAAUCCAAGAAAUGAGAAGCUUGUUGUCAGUUGUAGACU